ACAACAGGUAGAGAACGUUUUCCGACAGAAAAUGGCGACGUACAUAUGAGGACGUGAAGUAAGAAGUACUCGGCAAUGACAUUUAAGUCAUUACUUAUGCUAUAUUAUUAGGCUCCGUUUCACUGUUUUGGAUUUAAUAUUUGUGCCGUCUCGGUAGGAGACAUUAUAGAAAAGCGAUGAGUGGAUCUGUGAUUCAAGAGAAGGUUGCUAAACUGUUGAGCAGACAGAAUGGAAAACCCGCACUGAGACCCAUCAAACCUCUGGCGCUCAAGAAUGAAGUCGCCAGCCGCAAGCUGAAGAAAGGAGAGGCCACCUGUGUAACGGAAAUGUCAUUACUUAUGGCUUGCUGGAAACAGAAUGACUUCAACAACUCAGUCUGCUCUAAAGAAGUCUCAGUCUUCUACACAUGUGUUGAAAAGGCACAGAACAAGGCCAAAGGAAAGCAGGAAACUCAGGGUCGACUUUUGCCUAAAGAAGCCAACACCUUAUUAAAACGAUUUCCCAACCUGAGCAGUGAGAUCUAGGACCAGUAACGCAGAUUAGUCAAAGAAUGGACACUUUUAUUAUCUGAGCUGUAUAGAUGGGGACUUUAGUCUGAGUGUAUGACCAGGCAGUUGAUGAGAACGGGGUGUGGAAAGGUUUUCUAAAAAACCCGCAAUAAAGCUGUCACUGGGGCUCAAACUCUGCCAAAAGGACAUCAGCGGAUGCUCAAUGAACUGCAUUCGCAAUGUUUUGAAGGCACUUUUGGUGAUUACUACAUUACUGCACUCCUGUAAGUCAUCUCAUGAGAGCAGUACAAAGGAACAAACACUGGUUCCUUCACUCACUUAAAGGGAUAGUUCACCCAAAAAUGAAAAUCUGUCACCCUUCUUUUGUGUUAAACGGAUGAAAGAAUUUCAUACAGGUUUGUAAUGUCGUGAGGGUGAGUAAAUGAUGAUAGAAUUUCAUUUUUGGUUGAAGUGUCAGAUUUAAUAAUUUAGUAAUUUGUGUUAUCGACAUUUGACUAUAUCAUUGUUGCUUCUCAGAUAAUCUGAAUGUUAUCAUAUUGGUUUUUGGUAUUACGUUUCUAAAUCUCCACUGCAUAACUGAGCUGUGACCUGUAAAACCCAGCAGUUUAUUUAUUGUACAAAUUUUCUUCCUGUUUCGUGCUGUGUCCACAAUAUAAUUACUCUCAGCCAUUUUCAAUUAUCAGAAAAUGGAGAUCAAGGGAGAAGUACUCAGUGCCGGAUCACGUUACAUGCCAGAACACAGUGUAUUGAAUUUGACCAUGAGAGCUCUGCAAUGAAGAUAUAAAUAACUCAUGAUUAAACUUAUUAACUUAAACAAUUCA